AUGGGAAAGAUCAUUUUUUAUUAAGACAAAAGCUUCCGGGGCCGCUGCUGUGAAUGUAGCCGAGACCACCUUGACCUCUGGUCCUACAUGAAACAUUGCAAUUCCAUCCAGGUGGAAAAAGGCAGCUGGUUGAUUUAUGAGAACCCCAGUUAUUUGGGACACCAGCACUUUUUAAAAAGGGGAGACUAUCCUGACUUCCAGAAGUGUUACCGUGUCUGCGACUCCAUCAAGUCUUGCCACGUAGAGAAUGUUUUUACAUUGCUCAAGGAAGAGCUAGCAAGGCCAGCUGAUAGAAAGUUCUGCUAUUCAUCUCUCCAAGGCCAAAUACUAGAACUCACUGAUGAUAGCCCAUUUGUGCCAGCCUACAUCUAUCUCCCUGAUAUCUGUUCCCUCAAGGUUUUCGGUGGCUCUUGGAUCUUGUAUGAAAUGCCCAACCUCAGGGACCAACAGUAUUUACCAAAACCCGGGGAAUACAGAAGAUCCCCUGACUGGGGUGCAGUAAGUGCCAAAAUUGUCUCUUUGCAGAGGCUGGCUAACUUGCACUGA